AUGGUUCACAAUGAAAGGAGCCUAGAUCUCCUGGAUGGAAUUCUUGUAUACUUGGCUUGGUAUCAGUUUUAUUAUAUUCCCAAGAAAGAACAGUUCAACCAACUACUCCAUAUCGCAAUUGGCAUGGUUGAUGACAUGGGACUGAACCUCAGACCUGCCGAGGCAAUGAGUAGGAAGGUGGGACUUCGAUUGACACAUUAUCGCAAAGUCUCUACACCUUCAGCGAACCACGAUGAAUUUUUUACCCGAGAAGCCCGCCGAGCAUACUUGGGAUGCUUUUAUCUUUCGAGCAUCACCGGCUGGGUGACAAUGAAGCCAAAUGGUAUCCAAUUUCAAAACUAUAUGAUUGAAUGUGCGACAUCGCUGGGUCAAGAAUUGGAGCAUCCAACGGACGCAUUGAUUUUACCACUAGUCCAGCUUCAAAACAUGGCCGAGGUGAAUCACUGCAGUCUUUCAACUGCUGGUAACACUAUAUGUGACCACUUGAAUGGCCUAGAUCUUGAAAUGAAGGUUCAAUCCUUUCAAGCCGAAUUUAAACAGUGGAAGAACUCGCUUCCACUUAUAUAUCAGCAACCAAACGGGAUGAACCUGGCUUGCGAGGUUGCUGUGAUGCAUGUCUACGAGAUGGAUCUCGUCAUCUCUGUAGCGAAAAUGCGGCAAAAUACGGAUUCUUUGAAACAUUCAACAAGCUCAUCUUUUACGUCUCAAAUUCACCUGGAGGUGCUCUUUCUCUGUCUAAAAUCGGCGGAGCAGCUCGCUCAGAAUUUCCUCUCUAUCCCAACAUCUGAAUACGGCAGUCUCUCUUACAUGCAGUGGUCUGGCAUCAUAUAUUUACUAUCCCUAAGGGUUCUGGCAUUCAAGUGGACUCUCUAG